GAGAGACAAUAGCCUUAUCCUAUUCAAAUCCUUUAUAAAAGCAGAUCAACAUCUCCAUUUCAAUAGAAAUCCAUUCCCAAGAUAUAGUUCAAACAAGCAGUACGUAUCCAUAUACAAAGACUCGAGAGUGAGAAUUAGAGCAAACACCGAUGGCGGCAUCAAAAACCUACUUUGCUAGAGCAAACUACAGAUUCCUCCCAACGGAUCAGACGCUAACCAAAGGUUCGACGAUGUUCGAGCUCGACGAGUCCGAGGUCUGGAACAUGGAGGCCCGCUCGGCCUCACCGGAGUUCCAGAAAGCCAGUUCGAGAAUCUCCAGAAAGUCGACAUCGCUGGCAUCGAGAGUCGACGGAGGACCAGCGUCUCUCCCGGUGAACGUGCCGGACUGGUCGAAGAUACUGAAGGAAGAGUACAAGGAGAACCGGCGCGGAGACAGCGACGGCGAUGAUUUCGAAGACGAGUAUGGAGAGAACGGGAAUCGGAUUCCGCCACACGAGUUUUUGGCGCGGCAAAUGGCGAGGACUAGGAUGAUCUCCUUCUCGGUGCACGAAGGGAUUGGUAGGACUCUCAAGGGAAGAGAUCUCAGUACGGUUAGAAAUGCAAUUUGGGAGAAAACUGGGUUCCAAGAUUGAUUAAUUUUUACCAGUUUUUGUACUUUUGGGUUUAUUUUCCAUUUUACGUUUUUUCUAGUCCAACCAAAAAAAAAAAAAGUUUAACUGAGAAAUAUUAAGAUAAAGCGGAUUGUUAUUUGUUCUUCGCAUAGGCGUAUCCCUGCUUUUAAUUCUUAAAUUUGAAGUGCUGGUGUUGAGAAGAAGGUAAACUAGAAUAAGUUCCUGUCCCUUGAGAUAUUUUAAUUUAAAAAUAUUUUACGAGAUUCAUAA